AUGGCACUAGCAGGACUUCCGGCGUUCCUCCCAACAGACACCAGGUUCCCGGCCCGCUGCUCCGUCUACGCUGAUGAUGUGGCACUCUGGGUCCAGGGACCAAGGCGGUCCAUCCCAGCCAUCUGGAGAUCACUGCAGGCGGCCAUCGAUGCAGUGAUAACCUACCUCGGAGGCAUCGGGCUUAAGCUCUCUGCCACCAAGACCGAGGCCCUACUGAUUCACCUGCUGGCGGCAGCUCGCACCCACGUGAGACGGCUGAGUGUUGGCAACCACAGCCUGCCUUGGAGGCUGGUGGUGAAGUACCUGGGGCUCACCAUCGACCACCGGCUCACGUGGAUCCCGGCUGCCAAGGCUGCUGCCACCAAGGUGCGGCACGUCCAGGGCGCCAUCAGCAGGCUGCAGCUGCGUGGCCGUAGCUGCUCCACCAAGUGGGCCCUCCGACUCAACCAGUCAGCGCCGUCCUCAGUCCUCCUGUACGCCUUCCCGCUGGUGAACCUGACACCGGCCAGGAGAGGCCUGCUAGAGGGACUUAACAGGGGUGCACUGAGGGCCAUCCUGGGGCUUCCCAAAAACUCGCCGGUGGCAGCGACUCUCGCGGAGGCGGGAGAGUGGCCCCUGACGUUACGGCCCUACUGGAGCGUUUCCGCAGUAAGCCAGGAUCACGGAUGGGAGGCCUCCCUGCUGUACCACCAGAUGGUCCUAGAUCCGCCAGUCCCGAUAACCUCUCCACCGCCUCGCCACCAGCCACCAGAGGUCCACCUCUGCUUGGAAGGGGCAACCAAGCGACGGACGCCUGCGGCCGCACUGCUACAGGCGGCCUCCUGCAAGCUCCAGGAACUACUGCAGGGACGGCUGCAGGUGUUCACGGACGGAUCUUUGAUGCCGGACGGGACCACAACGGCCGCAUGCGUAAUCCCGUCCAGAGCUAACAGCAGGCAGUGCAGGCUACCCUUCCCGGCAAAGUCCACGGCUGCGGAACUGGCUGGACUACAUCUCGCGGUAGACCUGUUGGCCGAGGGCAUCCCCCUUGAGCCAGCCGUGGUCCUUUAUGACAGCAAGGCGGCCCUGCAGACCCUGGCCAACUCCCGCCGUGCCGGACUGACGGCCUGCCUCCUGACAUCCAAGGUUCGGGCCCUCACCGACGACGGGGUGUCCGUCUCCUUCCACUGGCUGCCCUCCCACGUGGGCAUCGCUGGAAACGAGAAGGCGAACACACUCGCCAAGGCUGCCCACCAGCCUGGUACCCCCUACUCCUGUGCCGUGGCGGCCAGAGACUAUUCGCAAGCCCGUCUCAAGAGGCUCCUCGUCACAGUCCACCCAGACCAGAGGGUGGCCAGUGGGCGAGGACCAAAGCCUCUCCCAGAGACGGGCCUCACCAGGAGAGAACGGGCCUCCCUGUUGCGACUGCGGACCGGCUGCGUGUGGACAGCGGCCCGCCGCCACGCCAAAGGCCUCUGUCCCUCUCCGGCCUGCAGCCGUUGCGGAGACCCAGAGACCCUCAAACACCUCCUCUGUGCCUGCCCUGGCUUAACACAGGAACGCUUGAGGGCCUACGCGGCCUACAGGAGACAGGGUCUGCCCGUCUCCUCCCUGGAACACCUGCUGUUCCCGUCUCGUCCACAUCCAGCAGCACUCCGCAGCCUGGCGGAGUUCGUGAAGGA